AUUUUGUAUUCUGAGCGCCAUCUAUUAACAAAAGUGAUUUACACUCUUCCACCAGAAAAAAGGAUAAAAAUAUGAACCUACGACAUCUCUUAACCUAUGUUCCCAAGAGAAUUGUAAUUUUUGGUAUAUUAGUAAUAUUCUCAGUGUUUUAUAUAAAAAAUCACCUUAUUGGACACCAUUUAUUGUAUGUAACACACAACUUGGUGCACGACGUGCAGCGUGCAGAUGAAAUGGAAGAGAAUUUUCUAAAAAAUUUCCAACAUAGCAGCGACAAAUACAUAUUGGAUACACCCAACUGUAAAAUUGAGAACCUCCAUCCAUUUGAUUCAAGUAUUAAACCUUUAGUGUAUGGACAUAAACCAGAAGAGUGCAUAAAUAAAGUCUGGUUGCAGCCACUUACCUAUCUAAAAAAUGGAAUUUUGAGCAUUAAUUCUACGAUUCAAAAUAGAUAUUUCUCAUCAGCUAUUCGAUCUGUUCGAACCUGUAAAUACCGAGCAGUUAUUCGACCAAAAGGAGAUGAUUUCAAUAUAAAAUACGGAAAGCCAGUCACGUUUUCAAAAUCUGUAGAAGUGAAGAGUGAAUUCAUAUUUGUUGUAUGCUACAAUUUUCUAUGGUGGAAACUGUAUGAAAAUUUUCAUUCUCAAGUGGUAAAAAAACACAAAGAACCACGCCAAGUUGACGACAAAAGAUUAAAUGUUCUACUUUUAGGUAUUGAUUCUAUGUCAAGAUUAAAUAUGUUGCGUCAUAUGAGCCAUCUACGUAAGAUCUUAAUAGACAACGGUGCUAUUGAAAUGACUGCUUUAAAUAAAGUAGCAAUGAAUACCUUGGUAAAUCUCACUCCAAUGCUUACUGGAAAAUUUUUAAAAGAAUUUCCUGAUAUAGAUAGUAAUACACCAUUUGACAAUUAUCCAUAUAUUUGGAAAAAUUUCUCAUCGUCUGGUUACGCUACUCUGGAGUCUGAAGAUGCAAUGAUGGCUUUCAACUAUUUAGCAGGAGGAUUUAAAAAUCCUCCAACCGAUCAUUAUACAAGACCUUUUAUGUUAGCUGCAGAUUUCUCUGAAUUGGAUAAAAAUUCUGCAUCUAAGAUUUGCUUGGGACCAAAAACUCGAAUUCAAAUUUUAUUGGAGUAUUUAAAUGAUUUUAUAAAAUCGUACGAAAAUAUUCCUCAUUGGGCUCUUAUGUUUUUAUCUUCUGCUUCUCACAACUAUGCAAACGACGUAUCGAGAGUUCGUCAUUUAUACGAAGAUUUUAUAGUAAAUUCUUUCAAGUCUGGUGCUUUCGAAAAUACUCUUUUGAUAUUCUUUAGCGACCAUGGUAUUAGGUUUGGUCCUUUGAGGGCAACUCCUCAAGGGUGGUUUGAGGAUAGAACACCUUUUAUGUUCUUCUGGUUUCCCAAAUGGUUUAGGGAUGAAAAUAAACAUUUAAUUGAUAAUUUGAAAACAAAUAGUCGACGUCUAAUUACGUUUUUUGAUGUUCAUGAAACUCUUAAAGACAUUCUAAAAUUCGAACCAAACAAAAUUAUUAACAGACAGAUUUCUUUAAACCAGAGGGGCAUCAGUUUGUUUAACAAAGUUCCACUAAAUCGAACGUGCAUAUCAGCUCAGAUACCGCUCGAAUAUUGUGUUUGUUCUUCUUCAACUACCGCAAAGCUAAGUAGGAAAGAAAUAAACAGAGGAGCUAAUUUUAUGGUCAAUCAUCUAAACAAGUUAAUAUCAAUUGAGGCCUAUCACUGCGUACAGUUGAAACUUCUACAGAUAAUAGACGCAAAAAGGCUGGGCCAAGAAAAAGAUUAUCUCAUCUUAUUAACUAUACAAGUUGCUCCAUCUAGUGCUAUAUUUGAAGGUAUAUUGAAGGUAAAUAGUGACAAUACAAUAAGACUUCAGGGAGAUAUUAAUAGAACUAAUAAAUAUGGAAAACAGUCUCACUGUGUUAAAACUCGAGCAAUAAGAGAAUUUUGUAUGUGCAAAGACGUUGCAGUAUAA